GAGGGGCAGGCAGCUGGUGACAGCCAGAGUCAACCGCUCCCCCAACAGUCGCUCAACUGGCUCAAACUGAGCAAUAACUCGCGCACAGUUGGACUGAAGACACCUCUGAAGCCGCCGGGUCUGACUUCACACUGAGCUGAUGCUCCGGAUAAUGCCGCUGUUUACCGACCGAGGCAGCGCUGUUGCAUCGAGUGGCAGCAUAUGUCCCGUUAGCUCCGGUAACUUUGGGAAUCCAGCUGGUAGUAUUUAGGUCUUGUCCGACGAUACGUUCUGGUGAAGCCCGCAGUUGUUAUCCGGCUUGGUUUCGCCUGUCAGCCCGCUGACAACACGCCAGGUGGUCGCCUACUACUCCAAGAUGGGUGACAUAAACCCAUCGACAUCCCGUGCAUUUCAGUCUGAGGGCUUCAGUCCAUCGUACAAAAGGAGGAGGACAGUUGAGGAUUUUAACAAGUUUUGCACUUUUGUUUUGGCCUAUGCUGGCUACAUCCCAUAUCCAGAAGAAGACUCCCCCCUACGCAGUAGUUCCAGUCCUCCCAACAGCACAGGCAGCACAGCAGACAGUGAUGGCUGGACGCCAGGACCUUCACCUUCCAGUGCUCAGCGCCCCUCCAAAGUCCCCCAGGAGAGGAGCCGUAAGCGAGCACUGCCUGCUGCCGCAUUGUCUAGUCACACCAAGAAAGAGGAGUACUCGUCGUCUCUGCAGCACACAAAUGGCAACUUUCACCCAGAUGACUGUCGAAAAGCCGAGAAGCUGAAGAAGAAGAAAAGGAGGAAGGAGAAGGACGAUCCAAAUGAGGAGGAAAGUCAGCAGACCUACUUCCCACAGCUGCAGUCCCCCUUCUCCUUCAACGGCCACACAGUAAAACAGGAGCCUGAAGAUGAUUUCAGCAUUCCCCUCCACCCUCAGCGAUUGCACAGCCCACCACCGUGCAAAGAGGAGCAGAAUGAAGAGCAGCCAUCCUGGGACGGGCGGGACCUCAAGGAAGGCGUGGUGAAGGUGCAGAAGGUGGAGGGCGUUCCAGGGAACAGAACCGUGUUCCGACAGGGGAAGCAAGUGGUGUUUAGGGACGAAGACGGAUCAGGGGAGGACGAGGACAUCAUGGUGGACUCAGAUGACGACUCGUGGGACCUGGUGACUUGUUUCUGCAUGAAACCUUUCGCCGGACGGGCCAUGAUCGAGUGUAACAAAUGCAACACCUGGAUCCACUUGUCCUGUGCCAAGAUCCGCAAGAGCCACGUGCCAGAGACUUACGUGUGCCAGAGCUGCCGAGAAGCUCACGGACUCCCAGACGCCCGUCGCUCGCACCGCUCGCGCGUCGGGCCGCGCAAACAUCUGUUGGACUGACCCUUGGAAACUGCACUCUGACCUCUUCCAACGUUGUCUCACUUCACCUGCCAGAUCGAUCCUUCCUCCGAUUCAGGUCUUGCACCCGUCAGUCUCUGUCUGUCAUGCAUGGUCAUGAAUCUAGAUGCUCUAAGGACUCGUGUGGACCUGGUCCAAGCCAGUUACUCAUUUGAAAUGUGUCAUUUUAGAGUAACAGGUCCUUCAUGUUCUCUACUGACUCGGAGCGUAAUGCAAUCACUCAGUCAGACGGCAUUAGUGAACACUGGAAGCAUUUGAAAUGCCGUUUGGAGGGAGCUUUUGUUUUUGUUUUUUUGAAGGACAUGACAACAUGAACAUCCCUCAAGCCCUUUUCAGACCAAACUGGACAUAACUCUUCUUCAUUGUACAUCAUACCCGUUGAGAACAAGCCAAGCCUUGUCUUAUUGCUUCAGAGGGGCGAUAGCAAUAAGCUGAGGCCAACUCCACCAGAACAAAGAUGUAGAUGCUGCGUCCGCUUCAUCUGUCUAUUAUGUUGUCAAGGAUUUUAGCCCAACCAAACCAACACCAUCCACGUUGUCUUCAAAUCGCCGCUGUUCAGCCAUUCAAGGAGUUUUUUAACCUGCUUUUGGGAUUUUUUUUUUCUAUCACUGAAUUAAUUUAUUUCACAGUUAAGUUUGUCACCGGGAUGGAAACAUGGUGGGGUUUGUUUCUUAUAGUAUUCAAUCUCACAGAUUUUUUUACGUUUAUCUGACGUGGCUUAAAAAAAAAAACAUCUCAUAGGAGGAAUUUUCGUGUUUAAGCAUCAAGAGAAUCAAAGAGUAACUUCACGGUUCAUUCUCUUCUGAUCCGUUUACCAGAGGGUCGGCAGCACUCUUGGUGGCCUGGAAUAUUCUGGAAAAGGUGUGUUUCUCAGUCAAUGGAAAUGGAAUUGGUGCACCAGUCCCAGCUUAGAUGUCCCGUUCUGACCCAUCUCACCGCAGUAUUCUCGCCUCCUCGUGCACUCGUACAGUAACUUUGUUACUUGGUGUGCUUGGGAGGGAUUUUAAGUUGUUGCUCACGUGCCAAGUACAGCUGGGUCUGUUGGCUGAAACUCUGUUCUUCCCAGUUAGGUAAAAGCCAUACACAGGAUUGACGCGUGUCACAGUUCCAUGAACUGAGAUCAGGUUUUCCACUUGAGAAUCUCAGACCCAACCUCUUCAAAUGACUUCUCUGAAAUUCACAAAAGUGUUUCACCCUUGCUGAACUAAGUCUAUUUUUGGUACAAAGUGUAUGGCUGGAGGUUGAGAAGAUGUUUGGCCUACACGUGUAAUUUUCCUUUUCAUAGCGCUCAUUGUAAUGCAGCUUGUUUACUGUGACCCUGGGUUGCCUGAUCCCUCGUCAAGAAAGCGUUGUCUGUACUGUGGUGCAAACUGUUUCUAUGAAACUACUGUAAAAUAUUGUAAAUAAAGA